AAGGUGAACGAGAUGGGAGUCCUUAUUUAGUCCUGCCUGCUACAUGCCGUUCUCGUCAUAUCACUCGACAACAAACACUAACGAGAUACAGGAGAAAAAUAUGAAGGGUUUAGUGCAGAAAUCAAUUUCUUACUGUGUAAAAGAGCAAAAACCAUGCGUUGGAUGGGUUAACAGGUACUUCAAGGAUUGCCUAUGCAACUUCAGAGAUGAUUUGUCUUUCGCAUUGGGCCUUGUUAGCCUCCUCUGUUGGGGAGUGGCCGAAAUCCCUCAAAUCGUCACCAACUUCCGCACCAAGUCCAGCCAUGGCAUUUCUCCAUUGUUUCUUUUCACAUGGGUUGCCGGUGACAUAUUUAAUCUAUUCGGAUGCCUUCUCGAACCUGCAACGUUGCCAACACAAUUUUACACCGCUCUGCUUUAUUCGACGACUACUGUGCUAUUAGUAUUGCAGAGCUUGUACUAUGAUCACAUAUACGGGUGGUGGAAAUCUCGAAGGAACAGUACCUCUAGACAAGAGAGUCAUGAAGACUUGAAAAAGCCUCUGAGGCCGCAUAAGCAGAGACAGAGGUCGACCGAUUCAGGAAUUCCGAUACCUACCGCCGCUACCAAAACUCCUCAGCGUAGAGAUUACUACUACACGUCAGCCAGAUCUUUGGCAGGCAGCGCCACUCCUCCCAUUCGUUCGUCGAUAUGGCCAGUGAGAAGUGGUCCUUCAGCUAUCGGCCUGGAGGAUGGCUCUUCGUCAGAGGAUGAGGCAACCCAGAGCGCUACGAGCAGACCCAUCCUCCCCCGAUCCGCUGGUUAUGGUGCUUUUGUAGCGACGUCGAUGAGCAUGCCUACACAAACCAAGGCUAUGAUGCAAGCAUCCAUUGGAUUCAGUGGGAGGAAACUAUUACAAGAGCACGGAAUGGGAAGUAAUGCAGUUGGGCAAUGGUUGGGAUGGAUGAUGGCUGCCAUAUACAUGGGCGGUCGACUUCCUCAAAUAUGGUUAAACAUCAAAAGAGGAAGCGUGGAGGGCCUAAAUCCUUUGAUGUUUAUCUUUGCGCUGAUUGCAAAUGCCGCUUAUGUGGGCAGUAUUCUGGUGAGAAACACGGAGUGGGACAAAAUUAAGGCCAACAUGCCGUGGUUGCUAGAUGCCGUUGCCUGUGUGUUGCUGGACUUAUUUAUAAUAUUACAGUACGUAUACUACAAAUAUUUGCGCAACAGAGACGACAGAGGUCAUGACUACUUGGUGGAGGCAAACAAGGAAUGAGCACCAUCUUCAUCAAGUUUGAAGCUUUAACGAGCUAGAGAUGACAGAAUUGCGUUCUCCGGUUAGUGCGCGGUUUUGAAGUGUGAUCGAAUUAAUGUAAGUUCUUUUAAUGUUGAGAGCUGACUCUUGUUUUGGAGGAACUUUUGCAAGUUCAUUUUUUUCCCCCACUUUGGAGGUUUGAUUAUUUAGAUGUUGAACCGAUUUUUUUAUCCCCUCA